GGCCAGCUAUAAACGUAGGUGCGUCAACAACCGUACAUCUCUCUCCAAGUGCAGUGAGGCGUAUUGCACAGCUCGCUAUAUCCAAACAUAGCAACAUGGCCCCAACAAAGAAGGGAAUUCUGGAGCGUUUGGAUGCAGGUGAGAUCGUUAUCGGAGACGGUGGGUUUGUCUUCGCGCUGGAGAAGAGGGGAUACGUGAAGGCAGGACCCUGGACUCCCGAAGCCGCAGCGGAGCACCCCGAAGCUGUUCGACAGCUGCAUAGGGAAUUCUUGAGGGCAGGGUCUAAUGUCAUGCAGACAUUCACGUUUUAUGCCAGCGAUGAUAAACUGGAGAACAGGGGGAACGUUCUUAAAUUCACGGGACAGCAAGUCAACGAGGCUGCUUGUGACCUUGCCAGAGAGGUGGCCAAUGAGGGAGAUGCCUUAGUUGCAGGUGGAGUCUCCCAGACUCCUUCCUACUUGAGCUGUAAGAGUGAGGAUGAAGUGAAGGGCAUCUUCAAGAAGCAGAUUGAUGUCUUCGUCCAGAAGAAUGUGGACUUCUUAAUAGCUGAGUACUUUGAGCAUGUAGAGGAGGCUGAGUGGGCCGUCCAGGUUCUGAAGACUAGUGGGAAGCCCGUCGCUGCCAGCCUGUGCAUUGGACCUGAAGGAGAUCUGAAUGGAGUCAGUCCUGGAGACUGCGCAGUCAAGCUGGUGAAGGCUGGUGCCCAGAUUGUUGGAGUCAACUGCCACUUUGACCCCAUGACCUGUGUGAAGACUGUGAAGCUCAUGAAGGAGGGAGUAGAGCAUGCUGGGCUCAAAGCUCACUUUAUGGUCCAGCCCUUAGCCUACCACACCCCUGACUGCAGCUGCCAGGGCUUCAUUGACCUGCCAGAGUUCCCCUUUGCAUUGGAGCCCAGAAUCCUGACCAGAUGGGACAUGCACAAAUAUGCCAGAGAGGCGUACAAAGUGGGCAUUCGCUACAUUGGGGGCUGCUGCGGGUUUGAGCCCUACCACAUCCGUGCAGUGUCAGAGGAGCUGGCACCUGAGAGAGGCUUCCUGCCCGCAGCGUCUGAGAAACAUGGCUUGUGGGGCAGCGCCCUGGAGAUGCACACCAAGCCCUGGGUUCGAGCCAGGUCCCGUCGUGACUAUUGGGAGCAGCUGAAACCAGCAUCUGGGCGUCCCACAUGUCCCUCGAUGUCCACUGCGGAUUGCUGGGGAGUGACCAAAGGACAUGCUGACCUGAUACAGCACAAGGAGGCCACCACCAAGGAUGAGCUAAAGCAGCUUUUCCAUAAGGCUCAGGCCAAAAACUAACCAGCUGGUGGGGAGCUAGGAGUCUGGCACUCAUUCCCAUUUUAAACCAUUUAACAAAGAUACACAUUUUUGGACCAUUUUUAUGUAUCCCCAAUUUGAUAAAAGAAUUGUUGUCAACA